AUGAUUGAGCUAUUAAUAUUCCCUGAAUCAACCAGAGCAGGGGUGGGGGACAAAGAGGAAUCUGUCAGUCUAAGCCCCAACACUACACAAUACAAGCUGACUGUCAAAAUGCCUGAUCGUUCAAGUCAGGAGACUCGGGGUUACUUGAAUUCAUGGUCUGAGCGGCUGAACUGGUCUCCAGAAGGAAAUUUUUCACUCAGGAUGGUGGUGUUUGUGGUGGUGGAGUUGGUGUUAGUGCCUCUGGCAAGGUGUAAGGGCCCUCUUUUUAAAUGCCCCAUCAGAGAUCCUCUUCCUAUCCUUCACAAAUACUAUAAAUCAGGGGACCUCCUCAUUGCUGGCAUUAUGUCCCAAAUCUACUUGGGUAUCAAUCCAAUGACAUUUGAAAAUCCUCCCUCUGAGGAACUGUUCGAAGACCUUUUUUAUUUCGAUCCAAGUAGGACCUAUCUGGCUUCAAUGAAACUUCUCUCCACACAGGGCAAAUUUGUUCCCAACUACAAGUCUGGUAUCCAGAACCAUCCAGUUGCAGUCUUCAUAGGACCAAACUGGCAUGUCUGUCUCUAUGCGGCACCCAUUCUGUACUUCUACAAGAUACCACAGAUUUCUUAUGGCUCUGCACCAAACAUGGACAGCAAAAAACAAUCGGUUUUCUUUCACCAUACGUUCCCAAAUCCUGCCCAUCAAACGAUGGGGAUUCUCCACAUACUGCUGUAUUUUGGGUGGACAUGGAUCGGAGUGAUUUCUCUGAGUGAUGAGACUGGAGAAAGCUUUUUACAGGACAUGGUUCCUCUGCUACCCCAGAAUGGCAUCUGCAUUGACUUCAUAAAAAUGAUGCCAGCAAUAGCAUUUUCUACUGAACUUCUUCGAAAAAUGUCUGAGGGGCUUAAAAUGUUCAAAUUUGUCAUGGGAAGCACUGCCAAAGCGCUGGUCUUAUAUGGUGAAAUUGAGACCAUGGUGUUUUUAAGAUGGUUCUUCCAACUCCCAGAAAUUGCAGAUGAUCCAGUUAAGGCAACAGCUAAAAUCUGGAUUAUGUCAGCUCAGAUGGACUUCACUUCCGUACCCUUGCAAAGAGAUUGGGACUUCAGUUUUCUCCAUGGGUCCAUAUCUUUGGCAAUCCACUCAAUAGAACUCUCAGGAUUCCAGAAAUUUCUUCAGGAGAAAAAUCUUAACUCUGAAAAAGAAGAUGGCUUCAUCAGGGACUUUUGGCAGCAGGCAUUCCUCUGCUCACUCUUUGACUCCACUGUAGAGGAGAAAGAUGGAGAAAUAUGCACUGGAGAGGAGAGGUUGGAGGCUCUUCCUGGAUCUGUUUUUGAAACUGCCACAACUGCCAACAGCUACAGCAUCUAUAAUGGUGUUUAUGCUGUGGUCCAUGCUUUGCAGGCCAUGCAGUCCUCCAGAUUGAAAUCUACAGCAACAGGACAUGGUGGCCGAUGGAAUCAUCCAGAUCAAGAGUGGUGGCAGCUCCACCACUUUCUGAGAAGUGUUUCCUUCAACAACAGCGCCGGGGAAAGCAUUUCCUUUGACCAAAAUGGGGAACUAGUAACUGAAUUUGAUAUUAUCAACUGGGUCACAUUCCCAAACCAAUCCUUUCUUAGAGUCAAAGUUGGAAAUAUAGACUCAAAGGCUCCUCCAGACAAAAUUAUCGCCAUUCAUGACAACACCAUUGUAUGGCCUACUAUGUUCAAUCAGGUGCAGCCUCUUUCAGUUUGCAAUGAGAAUUGCCCUGCUGGUUACAGCAAGAGAAAGAAGGAGGGGAAGCCUUUUUGCUGCUAUGAUUGCCUUGCAUGUCCACCAGGCAAGAUUUCAAAUGAAAAAGACAUGAAUGAAUGUUCUCAGUGUCCUGAAGGACAGUAUCCCAGCAAAGACCAGACUUUAUGCCUACCCAAAUAUAUAAGCUUCUUGUCUUACGGAGAACCUUUGGGGAUCAGCUUGGCCACUGUUGCACUUUCCUUCUCUUUCAUCACAGCUUUGGUGCUCGGGAUCUUCAUCAAACACCGGGACACUCCCAUAGUCAAAGCCAACAACCGGGACCUCACCUACACUCUCCUCAUCUCUCUCAUGCUCUCCUUCUUUUCUGCUUUGCUGUUCAUUGGCCAGCCUGAAAAGGUGACCUGUCUCCUUCGACAAACAGCUUUUGGCAUCGUCUUCUCAGUGGCUGUUUCUUGUGUAUUGGCCAAAACAGUUCUUGUGGUUCUGGCUUUCAUGGCAACAAAGCCAGGAUCCAGAAUGAGGAGAUUUGUAGGGAAAAAGAUGUCCAGUUCUAUUGUCCUUUCAUGUUCCCUUUUACAAGCUACUAUCUGUACUGUGUGGUUGGUCACAUCUCCCCCAUUCCCAGCUUUUGACAUGAACUCAAUGACUGAGAAAAUUGUUCUGGAAUGUAACGAAGGGUCCGUCACCAUGUUUUACUGUGCCCUGAGCUUCCUGGGCUUCCUGGCCACCAUCAGCUUCACCAUGGCUUUCUUUGCCAGGAAGUUACCCGACAGUUUCAAUGAAGCCAAGUUCAUCACCUUCAGCAUGUUGGUCUUUUGCAGUGUUUGGGUCUCCUUUGUUCCCACCUACUUGAGCACCAAGGGUAAAUCCAUGGUGGCCGUGGAGAUCUUCUCCAUCUUAGCCUCCAGUGCUGGCUUACUGGGCUGCAUCUUUUCCCCAAAAUGCUACAUCAUUUUGCUAAGACCUGAGCUGAACAAAAGAGGACAUCUAAUAAAAACAAAGAAUUAA